AAUUUAAGGAAAUUUGUCGUUUCGAUGGCGUUACCAGAAUCAUGUGCCUCUGUUUCGAAGUAUCCAUCGAAAGAUUCUCUCAGAGAGAGAUUCAGAAUGUUGCACCAAAAACGUCAAGAAUCUCGUAAACUGAACUAUGAACAAGUGGUAGAAGAGGAUCAUAGGUCGAAGUUGCCAAAAAAUUACGAUUUAAAACGAAAACGUCAAGAAUGGGAGCUGAAGCAAAUGGAAUUGAAAAAGGCUGCUGAAGAUCGGGGAGAAGAUUAUGAUAGGUUACAAGCCCUGAAAACACAGGCCGAUUUGAUCGAGCGUAAGGAGGCGGUCAAGAGAAAGAAGAAGCCCGACAAAGGCUUCAGUGAUUACGAAGCUAUGACUCUACGUCAGUAUCAGAGGCUCUCUGGAAAUAUCAAGCCUGAUAUAAAAGCAUAUGAAAAAAUGCGAGAAGUUAUUGGCGCCAAGGAAUUCUAUCCUGGAGUGGACACACUCAUUUCUGGCACUCAUUAUCCAACCGAUGCUGCCUUAAAUAAGCUAUCAGAAGAUAUCAAAGCACAAGAAAAGAAGCGUGAUCAAUACCAUCGUCGGCGAAUGUUUGAUCCGGAUGCACCAAUUGAUUAUAUCAAUGAACGAAACCGUAAAUUCAAUCAGAAGUUGGAUCGUUUUUACGAUAGGUAUACGGAAGAUCUUAAAAGUGAUCUUGAAAGAGGAACUGCUAUAUGAUUAGGGUUAUCGCUUUUAUCUUUUUCAAUUUUGUUUGCGCAGAAUAUUCGGUGAUAUAAUUUUCAUUAGAUUGAAACGUUGCGCUUUACUCAUAUCAUAUAACCAGGUUUGUUAUACCUGGAUUUGUAGAGCUUACAUUUCUGAUAUUUGUUUCAUGCUAAUCGAACUGAUAUUUGCUUCAUGCUAAUCGAAAGUUUUUUUCUCCACUUUUAUUUAAGUCAUGCGUUAAUGAUGUAAUUCUGUGAAGAUAUUGGUGAUUAUUAUUGCUAUCAGCAUCAUUUUCCGUUGUCGAAACCUGUUUAUUGCUGAUGAAUCCAAAUUAACUGUCAUUCCUACAGACAUACGAUUGGUGCAGCAAAUAGGUUGUAAAUAUAUGAUCUCGCUUCGUUUGUUACUUAAUGAUUGUAACUCAGUAAUCACC